CGACAGUCAUACCUCCCCUGACCAACCUAGCGAACUGCCGUGAAAGCAGCUUGAAUUUCCCAUCAUAAAAACUUCCGCAGUGUUGUACAGGCAGUAGAUUUUCGAUAACAACAUAAUCCACUUGAUUUCCUAAACUAAUUACGCUCAACUUUCUCCACCAUUUUGCUUGCUUCAGAAAAAUUAUUACUGUCAUUUUUCUUGCUCAAGGUUUAUUCGCAAAUAUGGAUCGACAUGUAUACGGCAUCCUAUGCCUGAUUAUUUUAACGAUCGCCGUGGUGUGCCUGGCCGAAGAUGUCCCCGUGGGCGGCAGUCCAACAAUGUCGCGGUUAGUGAAGCGGCAGUACGGCGCGUACGGCGCUGGUUAUCCCCCACCACCGUCGCCCUACGGCCGCGGCGCCAUGUACUGCGCGCCGGUCAGCAAGACGUGCACCUUCUCCACCAACUACAGCUGCCACAGACACUGCAUCAAGCGCGGCUUCCUUUCUGGCCACUGCAACACCAAAUAUCUGCCCGACCGUUGCGACUGCUGCCGACCAAUUUAAGCAUCAAAUUUCCCAUAAAGCGGUGCACCAUGAUUUAACAAUUUAAUUGUCAUCUGUCGCCCCGCUAAUUUGCUACGUGAGAGACCGUGAAAAUUGUCGUAAAUCAGCAACAAAUAUUGGCGAAUUAAAUUAAUUUUUUAUUGCCAUUUUGUUACCAGUUUGUUUCUGCAGGUUUUUCUGGAUAUUGAAUUUGUAUGUAUAGCCCUAAAUGAAACCCGAUUUAUUUGGGCGAUAAGUGUACUUGUUGCACGGGAGAAAAGGUACACUUUGAUUUGAUCGCAAUCAAAAAAAGCGCUAUUAUG